AUGAGGAGGAGCACAGGUAGCUCCGAGCCUGGGGACAGCCUGGCUAACAUGUCCAAAGCGGACAUACUGAGAGGAAUCAUCUCAGAGAAAAUGACCACAGCAGCGCGGGAGAUCUUAGCGGUGGUCGAGAGGAUCGUGGCCGGGUAUGAAGAGGAGGCUUCGGGCUUCAGGCAGGAGAACGACCGGCAGAGGAGACAGCUGGAGCUUCUGCUGCAGCCUCAGGUCAAACUGGAGAGGAAAGGUGUUCAGGAGGAAAUGGGAAGUCUGGGUCUGAUGUGGUACGAUGAUGAUGAUGAAGAAGAAGAGGAAGAGGAGGUUGAGGAUGAAGAGGAGCGUCUGUCUGUACGACCGACGGCGAACUCCAGACAGAGCCGAGACGACCAGAAGGAUCCGGAUUAUCAGAUACCAGCGAGGGUUUCUUCUCCCAGAGUUCGGACCGACAGGAGGAAACCCGGCAGACCUCGGAUCAGCGAACCACAGAACCACGUAGACCUCAGGAUCCGCAUCCUGGAGGACUCUCAGACCGACGUUCUCUCCAAAAGAGUGUUUCAGAAAUACCCGCUGCAGGAGCUGCAGUGUCCUCGUGGUCUGCAGGAGUCGGACUUCCUGGACCUGCUGCGAUCCACCUUCCCUCAGCUGGCGGCCGAUAAACCUUUCGACGUCUUCACCUGCGACAGAAACAAGCGUCUGCAGCCUCUGAGGGUGACGACGCUGACGGCCGAGGAGAUCGACAGCAGCAUCAGGUCCAUCGGAGCCGGAAACUCAGCGCUCUACAUCAGACUGAAGGAUCCUCGGAGUCCCAGAGAAGACGACGUCGUCACAGACUCUCCGUCCGUCUCCACGACGACCAAUCAAACAAUCAGCAUGCUCACCAGAGAUCUGUCUGAGCGGAGGCGGCGAGGCAGACCUCGACUCGGUCAGGAGCCGAGUCAUCACUUUGUUAAAGUCUGCAUGCUGGAAGAUUCUCAGUCUGAAGUUCUCUCAAAACACGUGUUACUAAAAUCCCUGGUGCAGGACCUGAAGUGUCCUCGUGGUCUGCAGGAGGCGGACUUCCUGGAGCUGCUGAGGUCCGCCUUCCCUCAGCUGGCUGCUGAUAAACCAUUUAACGUCUUCAAGUCGGACCGGAGCCGAAGGCUGCAGAGACUCCGAGUGAAGACGCUGACGCCAGAAGAGAUUUACAGAGCCAUGAAAUCCACCGGAGUAGAAAAAUCUGUGCUGUACAUCAGACUGAAGACAGGAGAGGAAGAGGAGGAUGAGGAAGAAGAAGCAGAGCUUCACCUUUCACAGAGAAGUAAUGACGACACCUAUGAGUCUCCAAAAAGUGACGAAGCCGCCGAACUCUGUUCAAGCGGUCAGCAGACAGGAAGCGGCUCCACAUCACAGCAACAUCACCUGAAAACUGAGGAAGCUGACGAUGAAGCCGACAACAAAGACGGAGACGAGGACGACUGGAAGCCCGAACCCGAGCCGCGCUCGCCGAAGACGAGGAAGCGACGAGCCAAGCGCGGCGACGGGAAGCUGGCGGAGAAAAGCCGGACGCCGUGUAAAGUGUGCGGCAUGUGGUACCGUCUGUUCGGCAGCCUCGUCAAACACGCCUGGAAGCACACGGACGAGCCGCGGAGCGUCUGCGGAGUCUGCGGCGAGGAGUUCGAGUCCGUGGACGAGUUGAAGCGACACCUUCAGACCUACCAGAAGAUCCACGAGUGCUCGUACUGCGGCAAGUCUUUCUUCACCGUCACCGGACUGAACUGCCACACGACGCUGCACACGGGGAACCGACCCUACCGAUGCGACGUCUGCCACAAAACCUUCGUCCACCUGUCGAGCCUCAACGUCCACCGCUGGAUCCACGUCGAGGACAAACCGCACAAGUGUGACGUCUGCCUGAAGGCGUUCGGUCUGAAGGCUCAGCUCAGAGCUCACAUGAAGGUCCACACGGGGAGAGACAAGUACCACUGUCACGUCUGCGGGAAGUCCGUCUACGACGUGCGAUCUCUGACGCGCCACAAAGCCACGCACUCCGGCGAGCGGCGCUACGGCUGCGAGGUUUGCGGCAAACGCUUCAAACUCGCCGACACCUUAAAGUCGCACGCCAAGAUCCACACGGCGAGGGAGCGGCCGUACCUGUGCCACAUCUGCUGCAAGACCUUCCUGUCCAACUGCGGCCUCACGGCUCACAUGAGGACUCACGGCGACGAGCGGCCGUUCGUCUGCAUCAUGUGCGGCAAAGGCUUCCUGUCCAACGGCGAGCUGAAGGUGCACAUGCGCGUCCACACGGGCGAGGCGCCGUACGGCUGCUCCGAGUGCGGACGCUUCUUCAAACGCAAGACUCACCUGACCAACCACGUCCGCACGCACCUCGGCAUCAAACUGUUCGUGUGCGGCGUUUGCGGGAAGGCGUGUUCGAGGCAGGAACAUCUGACGGUUCACAUGAGGACGCACAACGGAGAGAGACCCUACAAGUGUUCCCUCUGCGAGAAGGCCUUCACCCAGAGCCACUGUCUGAAGACGCACAUGAAGAGCCACCAGAGGGACGAAAACGUGUUCCUCAACGAGUCCACGUCCUGAAGAGGCACCUUCAAGACCUGAAUGUGACACUCAAAGUUCCCCAAUUUAUCGUCUCUAACAGAAUAUAAACAGUUAC